AUGACGGAAGGACCUGAGCCCACCUCCAGAUUGUUGGGCAGAGCUCAGGGUUUGUACACCAUUUCCAGUCAAGGGAAUGAUCUUGAACGGCUGAGCCAAGGAAUAGUGCUCAACUUCGUUUUUCAGAGUGGAGAAUUUAAUGGAAGCACACUCGCCGUGGUGGCCACACAAAUUUCCCCAUAUUUUACAGAGAUGCCAAUUGUGGGAGGAACCGGCAAAUUCAGGCUGGCUCGAGGGUGGUUGGCAGAUGGGUUUGUAGAAAUCAAUGCAAGAGAACGCACUACCAACGAGGUCUCUAUCAGUACGUUGCUGGAGCUGCAGGUUCUGGUACAGUUAGGAAUGGAGCCGGUGACAUGA